ACAUUAUUCAGCAUGCUUAUCAUGUGCACUAUUUUGACCAACUGUGUAUUUAUGACCAUGAGUAACCCUCCAGACUGGACAAAGAAUGUAGAGUAUACAUUCACUGGAAUUUAUACGUUUGAGUCACUCAUAAAAAUCAUUGCAAGGGGCUUUUGCUUAGAAGAUUUUACUUUUCUUCGAGAUCCAUGGAACUGGCUUGAUUUCACUGUCAUUACCUUUGCAUAUGUGACAGAGUUUGUGGACCUGGGCAAUGUCUCAGCGUUGAGAACAUUCAGAGUUCUCCGAGCUUUGAAAACAAUAUCAGUCAUUCCAGGCUUGAAGACUAUUGUGGGAGCCCUAAUUCAGUCUGUGAAGAAGCUCUCGGAUGUUAUGAUCCUCACUGUGUUUUGCCUGAGUGUAUUUGCACUAAUAGGGCUGCAGCUGUUCAUGGGCAACUUGAGGAAUAAAUGCCUGCAGUGGCCUCCAGACAAUUUUACUUUGGAAACAAAUAUUACUUCCCAGCUAAACAGCUCCAUAGGUGAAAAUGGUACAUUGGUUAAUUCAACAGUGACUCCAUUUGACUGGAAGGGGUACAUUGAAGAUGAAAGUCACUUCUAUUUUCUGGAAGGGCAAAAUGAUGCUCUACUUUGUGGAAAUAGUUCUGAUGCUGGGCAGUGCCCAGAAGGAUAUACCUGCGUGAAAGCUGGUAGAAACCCCAAUUAUGGCUACACAAGUUUUGACACCUUCAGCUGGGCUUUUUUGUCACUAUUUCGCUUGAUGACUCAAGACUUCUGGGAAAACCUUUAUCAAUUGACACUGCGUGCUGCUGGGAAAACAUACAUGAUAUUUUUCGUUCUGGUGAUUUUUCUGGGUUCUUUCUACCUGAUCAACUUGAUCCUGGCUGUGGUUGCUAUGGCCUACGAAGAACAGAAUCAAGCAACCAUGGAAGAAGCAGAACAGAAAGAGGCAGAAUUUCAACAGAUGCUGGAACAACUGAAGAAGCAACAGGAAGCAGCUCAGGCAGCAGCGGUGGCAGCAGCAGCAGUAACAGCAUCUGCGGAGUCCAGGGAGCCCAGUGCUGGUGGAGAAGGAGGAGGGGUCUCAGAAAGCUCCUCAGAGGCAUCAAAAUUGAGCUCAAAAAGUGCAAAGGAGAGGAGAAAUAGAAGGAAAAAAAGAAAACAGAAAGAACAGUCUGGAGGAGAGGAAAAAGAUGAAGAUGAAUUUCACAAGUCUGAAUCAGAAGACAGCAUCAGAAGGAAAGGUUUCAGAUUAUCUAUUGAAGGCAAUAGACUGACAUAUGAAAAGAAAUAUUCUUCUCCACAUCAGUCUUUGCUGAGCAUUCGCGGCUCCCUGUUUUCCCCACGGCGCAACAGCAGAACAAGUCUUUUCAGCUUCAGAGGUCGAGCAAAGGACAUAGGAUCAGAAAAUGACUUUGCUGAUGAUGAGCACAGCACCUUUGAAGACAAUGAUAGCAGAAGAGAUUCUCUCUUUGUGCCGCGCAGACACGGUGAACGGCGCAACAGUAACAUUAGUCAGGCCAGUAGGUCAUCCAGGAUGCUGGCAGUGUUUCCAGUGAAUGGGAAGAUGCACAGUACUGUGGAUUGCAAUGGGGUGGUUUCCCUGGUUGGUGGACCAUCAGUUCCUACAUCGCCUGUUGGACAGCUUCUGCCAGAGGUGAUAAUAGAUAAACCAGCUACUGAUGACAAUGGCACCACUACAGAAACAGAAAUGAGGAAGAGAAUAUCAAGCUCUUUUCACGUUUCUGUGGACUUCUUGGAAGAUCCGGCUUUAAGGUAAAGAGCCAUGAGUAUUGCUAGCAUCCUCACAAACACUGUGGAAGAACUUGAAGAAUCAAGACAGAAAUGCCCACCAUGUUGGUAUAAAUUUGCAAAUAUUUUCUUGAUCUGGGACUGCAGUCCGCAUUGGUUAAAAGUAAAACAUAUUGUCAACUUAGUGGUAAUGGACCCAUUUGUUGACCUGGCUAUUACAAUUUGCAUUGUUUUAAAUACACUCUUUAUGGCUAUGGAACAUUAUCCAAUGACUGAUGAAUUCAAUAACGUACUGUCAGUUGGAAAUCUGGUCUUCACUGGAAUCUUCACAGCAGAAAUGUUUCUCAAGAUAAUUGCAAUGGAUCCUUACUAUUAUUUCCAGGAAGGCUGGAAUAUUUUUGAUGGUUUUAUUGUAACUCUUAGCUUGGUUGAGCUUGGUCUCGCAGAUGUGGAAGGACUCUCAGUUCUUCGAUCAUUCAGAUUGUUACGAGUUUUCAAAUUGGCAAAAUCUUGGCCAACAUUAAAUAUGCUGAUUAAGAUUAUUGGUAACUCUGUGGGAGCUCUGGGGAAUCUGACCCUGGUGCUGGCUAUCAUUGUGUUUAUUUUCGCUGUGGUUGGGAUGCAGCUGUUUGGGAAAAACUACAAGGAAUGUGUCUGCAAAAUCGCAAGUGACUGUGUGCUUCCACGCUGGCACAUGCAAGAUUUUUUUCACUCUUUUUUGAUCGUAUUUCGAGUGCUGUGUGGAGAAUGGAUAGAAACGAUGUGGGACUGCAUGGAGGUUGCUGGCCAAGCCAUGUGCCUUACUGUCUUCAUGAUGGUCAUGGUGAUUGGAAACCUAGUGGUACUGAACCUAUUUUUGGCCUUGCUCUUGAGCUCAUUUAGUGCAGACAACCUUGCUGUGACGGAUGAUGAUAAUGAAAUGAAUAAUCUGCAAAUUGCUGUAGCAAGAAUGCAGAAGGGCAUAGAUUAUGUGAAAAGAAAAGCACGCGAAUUCAUCCAAAAAGCUUUUGUUAAGAAACAAAAAGCUUUAGACGAAAUCAAGCCACUUGAAGAUUUGAACAACAAAAAUAGCUGUAUUUCUAAUCAUACAACUGUGGAACUAAGCAAGGACCAUGACUAUAUUAAAGAUGCAAAUGGAACAACUAGUGGGAUAGGCACAGGUAGCAGUGUGGAAAAAUACAUAAUUGAUGAAAGUGAUUAUAUGUCAUUCAUAAACAACCCAAGCCUCACUGUGACAGUACCCAUUGCUGUGGGUGAAUCCGACUUUGAAAAUCUAAACACAGAGGAAUUUAGUAGUGAAUCAGACCUGGAAGAAAGCAAAGAGAAGUUAAAUUUGUCUAGUUCAUCUGAAGGUAGCACAGUUGAUAUCGGACUUCCUGCAGAAGAGCAACCAGAAGCUGAACCUGAAGAAGCCCAAGAGCCAGAGGCCUGCUUCACAGAAG